AUGAGUAUUACUUAUUUGCUAAAAAUUAUUCCUAUGAUGGUUGAUACUGGCUUUUGGUUAAAUAGUUUUAUUUCAUUUGAACGUGCAUUAAUUGAAUAUUUUAACUUUCAUCUGUAUGCUUCAAGGAAACGUUCACUGGUAUCUACCUUUAUCCUUAUUAUUAUUGCUGUGUUAACAAAUUUACCAGAUGUUAUCGGCUCCUCAAAACCAAAUAUAAAGAAGAUUUCUCUAAUAUUUGGCUACAUACAUCGUUUAGUUCCAUGGUUUUUACAUGUUAUAUCCAGUUUAUUUGUAUUAACAAAUAUUGCUCGACGUAAGGUUUAUCUUUCAAAUCAAAAUAACUAUUGGCAUGUAUGGUUUCAACAAUUAUCAAAACAUCGUUACUUUUUCAUUCCACCUAUUGUGUGCAUGAGCUGUCAUAUACCACAUAUUGUAUAUACAAAAUGGGUAUACAAUUGUAUUCACUUUGAUUACAUUGCAUCAUUACGUACAUACAUUGGACUUACAUUUUUAUUUGUUAUACCAUUUACAUUUACAUUUCUUAUUUAUGUUUCUCCGUCUAAUAUUUAUAUGUCUGAAUUUCGAAAUUCGUCAUUAAUUGGACGUAGUUGUCUUAAUAUUAAAAGAAGAUACGAUCAAAAACGAAAAUCUUCACUAAGUGAAACUAUAAUUACAACUCGAUCAACAUCGAUUGUAUCAUUUUAG